AUUUAUAUUCAACGAGGGGUUGUGGAGCGAAAUAGCACUGCCAAGGCAUCCACAUCGGGCGACAACAUAGCUUUCAGACUUGAGAGUAUCGCCGUCGCUAUACGCGUUCUCAACCAACUUUAAUCGUACCCGUUGAGCAUUUAUUGGAUUAUACCAUGCCCGACAGUGGGCCUCGCGUGUCUUACCAUGGUUACGUCCGUUACUCCCUUAGAGUUGCUAUAAUCAUCCUCCCGCUCUUACACGCAAGUCUCGACUCCAGUGUCACUCCCGUCCGCAUAUAAUUCUGCUUCGCUGCAAACUGAGUAGUGUCCCAAUGAUUACCAUCAACAAUCGGGCGUUGUGACACACUAGCCGUCAUGUCAGAAAGCGACAGAUGGGACGAAGACUUUAUAUCAAACCCCCAUCCAUCUCUCCGCUAAAGCCGGACCAUCUACGCAUGCGAUAUUUCAACAAUGACGGCGACGCUAGCUGAUCGAGGUCCUCAAGUGAGUGCUGUGGCUGGUUUGUUCUUCGCUCUCAGCACGAUUGGGGUUAUUCUACGGUGCUACUGUAGGGCGGUCGUUGUCGGGGCCUUUGGCCUGGACGAUUGGUUCGCUGUCAUUGCGUGGAUAUCCUUCACUUUCUUUUGCUCAUUUGCUAUUACUGGCGUGCAUUACGGAACCGGACGACAUGUUGCAGACAUCCCACUAGAAGACAUCCCAGUUGUGUUCAAAUGGUGGUGGGCAUGUGAACCUGUCUACGUCCUGUCCAACAUGGCGCUCAAGCUCAGCAUCAGCAUUUUCUUACUACGCCUCGCCGUCACCCAGGCUUCCCGGAUAAUCAUCUACGUCAUCAUAGGUGUCGUCGAAGCCUACAGCGCCUUCUACUUCCUCCUAUCCGUCCUGCAAUGCCGCCCUUCCUCAUACUUCUGGACGCGGUACGCGGGCGGAACAGGAACCUGUGUCAAUCCGAAAAUCACCAUUGAUGCGACCUACGCCUAUUCCGCCAUCUCUUGUGUGGCAGAUUGGGGACUGGGUCUCAUGCCCAUCCUCCUGAUCUGGCACAUCCAAAUGGACAUGCGCACCAAGAUGUCCGUUGCUGCUAUUCUCUCCGUCGGCGCUAUGUACGUCCCCCCGGAGCCCACCGUCCCCUACCCCUUAAACCCACAGACCACUAACCCCCUCCCAGCUCCUCGACCGCAACAAUCAUCCGCAUCCCCUUCAUCAAGGACCUCGCCAACGUCCAAGAUUUCCUCUACGUCACCACCGACGUCGCCAUCUGGUCCACCAUCGAAACUGGCAUCGGCAUCACCGCCUCCGCGGCCGCGACCCUGCGCCCACUCUUCAAGAGCAGCCACCUAGCGGGCAACUCGGGCUAUGUCCAGAAUAAGGCGUCCGGGGGGGAGACGUUUGGGAUGCGGAAUAAUGCGGGCAAGGCGCCGGGGACGGGACUGACGACGCUGAUUGAGGCUCAUGCGGAUGCGGAUGAGAGGGGGG